AUGAGAACCCCUGGGCUAGGGAAGACUUCAGAACAGUGGCGACAAGAGAUUAGGGAAGAAAAGGGCAAGGCUGAUGGAUGGGAAAAGAAAUGCCAAGAGAUUCAGUUACAAAACAAGGCCUUAGAGAGGAAUCUGUUAGAAAGCCGGAGUGAGACAGAUGAAUUAAAGCCAAGAAUAGCUGAACCUGAAAGGUCUCUUCAUCGUUACCGAAAUCGUAAUACCGCGGUGGAGUUAAGAGCGAGCUUGAACAAGAUUGAGGAAACAAAUAAAAGAGUAGAAGAAUUAGAUGCGGCAUUACAAGACUACGAGAUGCGGGUUGAAUUUUUUGAAGCGAAUGAAGAACGUCAGAAAGAGCAGCUCCACUAUUAUCAGAGCCAAGUUAGAGACAGAGAUCACGUUAUGGGAGAAGCCGUAGCCCAGAUUCAGGAGGAAAUAGACCAAAGAGUAGAGAAACUGGAGCAAAUGCAAAAGGAUAUGCAAGAACGGUUACAAGUACAAAUGCAAGAGCGACUAGAUAAAAUCCAAGAAGACAUGAUGGAAAAUUUGAUCAAGGCUCAAAAAGAUGCGAUGGCUGAAUUGACCCAUCUACUGACUGGGAGAGUAGAUAAAGGAAAGGGCCCUAUGGCCAAUCCUGGAGAAGGUAAUGAGGAUCCGUUAUAUCCUCCGGGUUUUACUCCACCAAAUGUACAAGCCCAAACUGAAAUAUACCCAAAAGGACCGCCUGUCAUAAUUAGGCCGCAACAAUUACAAACUGGUGUCACGAUCCCCACAAUUUUCCAAGGACGAUCAAGUUUAAGCCCGGGAGAAAACUCAAUUAAUCCUAUUAUUCCCGAUUUUGAUGAGAAAGCUGAAGAAGGAAAGGCGAAUGCGGAAUUGCCAAAACAGUGGGAAGAUAGGUAUAAAUGGUUGGAGGAAAAAAUUCAAAGCCUUGGAAAGCACUGA